AUGGCGCGAACAAAAAGAAGCAGAAGACGACCAAGACAAGAGAAAAAAGAAAAGAAGGCUGAGGAAGUUUGGAAAUGGUGGGAGGAGGAAAAACAUCCGGAAUGUAUAAAAUGGCUCACACUAGAACACAAGGGGCCAUACUUCCCACCGGAGUAUGAACCUCUUCCUCAUGAUGUCAACUUUUACCACGACGGUGUAAAAAUAGAACUUUCACCCAAAAGUGAAGAGGUGGCCGGAUUUUACGCAAAGAUGUUGGACCAUGAAUACACGUCGAAGAAGAUUUUUAACGACAACUUCUUUCAAGAUUGGAGAAAAGAAAUGACGGAUGGAGAGCGAGGGACGAUUAAAGACCUCAUUAAAUGUAAUUUCAAAGAAUUUAAUGCUUAUUAUGUUCUGAAAAACGAAGCAAGGAAAAACAUGACUAAAGAGGAGAAACAAGUCAUCAAAGCAAAGAAGGAAGAAAUUUUACAGGAGUAUGGCUACUGCAUGAUGGAUAAUCAUCGAGAAAGAGUGGGGACUUUUAAGAUCGAACCUCCCGGGCUUUUCCGAGGAAGAGGCGAUCAUCCGAAGCAGGGGAAACUGAACAAAAGACUCCAGGCUAAAGAUUUCAUUAUUAAUAUUGGCAAGAUAGUGAUUUAG